ACGGUUCACCACCGCGGGUGUAUGAUGGUUUUGAAGCGACUGGCUGAACAUAAGGAAAUCUUGUUUAUAUUUACUAGUGUCAUGGUUACCAGGUAAUAUCUAACGCACGUGAAGCUACAGUACCCGGCCUCCUACGUACACCGGGUAGCAUCUUCGAUGAAAAGGCAGGUAUCGUAAAAUAUGAUGGAAGGGACCACACAGAUAUCUUUCACCUGAAUCGGAACAAAGGGAAGGUCUAAACGAAUCUAUACACCAUGUCCAGGCGAGUGAGAUCAAUGGCUCUGCCCGAGGACAAUGUCUCACAAGUAGAAAAUAUAGUUGAAUUUGAAGCGUUGGAAGCUUCAUUGGGUAACAUUGGCCCACCACAGAGUUCUGGCUCGAAUGACGUUGUGAACAAUAGAGCUAGCGCAAGUUUACGGGAACCAAUCCUGAUCGGGAAGGCUCAGCACCUGAACACUGAUGUGUUGGAAGUCCAAGAUUACAAAAACAUCAGUACCAAUGAAUCAAGCUUGGGUUCCUCCUUCAGUUUUUUCCGACGCGGAAAAUCCUCUGGGCCUUUAGAAUCCUCCUUGGGCGGAAAUUCUGGCUUUUCUCCAGUAGAAUUGGAUACAAAAGCUUUGUUUGAUGAGAAUGAUACAGAAGACUUCUUUGAUAUAGGAUUUGCAUUAUCUGUGUUGACGGUACAGAAGAGUAAAAAACUGUUCAUCAGUAACUUGACCCUGUCUGGUAUAGAACAGCUGACUGACAUGGUGUUUCUGGUACUUAGAUGUCAGGAGGUCGAUCUGAAGUCACUGGAAGAAAUUACCCUAAGUGGUGCCCCGUAUGUCACCGACCAGGGUAUCCAGUGGCUGUCAGAGAUACCAGGAGUCCGUGCACGAAAAAUUUUCAUAGAAGGUUGCCCGAAGCUUACAGACCGCUCGUUACAUGCUCUCCUGGGAAUGAAACCAGAAUCCAUUUCAAUGAAGGCAGUGCCUAACCUUUCAUGUCUUGGUCCAGAUGUGAGUCAAAAGAAUGUAUCGUUCAGCGGCUGUCAGCUGAUCUCCCCUCUUGACACCAUGUUACAGACAGUCCCGUGUCCUGUUGGAAAAGACAAAAAGUUGGCACUGGAAGAUUACAACUUUACAAAGAUUGUGGUAAUACAUGAAGAAAACAAGGAAAUUGGGAAAUGGAUGUUUACUGAGGAAGCCCAAAAGCCAGGCGACCUGUUUUCAGUCAAGAAAGCCUGGAUGCCCGACUCAAAAACACAGCAGAAAUACAACCUGUUUGAAUGUGUCGCAGGAACGGGCUGUGAGAACUGGGUGUUGAGUAAUGGCUGCAUCGUUGUAUUGCCCUUCUCCGAUGUAGACGAUAAAACAGCAAAGAAAAUAGCCAAGCAGAUCUUGUCUAUCAUAGCAGAGUAUCCAGAAAGUGUUUUUGUACUCGGGAAUCUAAACAAGGAUGGCAGUGAAGAGAAGAUCAAGAAAAUGGUGGAAAAAAUCUUGGAAGAUUGGCUCACACACAACGCUUUUAACAGUCUCACCUACCGGGGAAAGGAAGACAUGGCUGUAAUAAAGAAGUAUAAUUUUCAAGCUCAGACUGAAGUGGGCAUUGGUCAAACACUGCUGCGCAACGUCCAAACUCUCUUGUCCAACAAGACUAAGCAUUUAAUUAGUUCAACCCCAUCAGCCUCCAGUCCAACUUUGUUGACAACAGAUUUGAAAAAGAGCAAAGAAUCUUUCCUUCAGCCGGCCACGGAUACUCUGAGGAACAUAUUCCCGUGGCAUUGCACCAGGUUUUAUCAGGAAACAAUAUCAGUCUUCGAUGCCAUCAUGGGUGGCCAAUUCCCAACGAUCAUUUCUCCUUUAGAAGUGUUUAAGGAUACAAAGGUCUUCCCAGCCGAGGUCCUUAAACAGAUUGACCCUGACAGUGGAAGCGUUGGCAUGAACAAGGCUAUGGACGUACUUCACACUCAGGGAAAUUGUCUGUACUUUCCUCAUAUUGAUAAAAAGCCGAUGGUCCAAGACAUAGCCAAGCUGCCAAGCCUUACCAACCUGGGGUCCAAAGCCCCGCGUCUGACCGACAUCCCCUGGCUAGGGCAAGACAUACCCUCAUGGAGGAAAGAAGAUUUCUACAAAAAUCGCUUCAGUACUGGCAAAGAGGCUCAGAGAAAUACAUUUCUAGAAAUCCUAUUGGACAUGGGAAUGAUAUUUAGAUUUCCUUGGCCUAUGAAGGAUCCAAAGUUUGCAGAUCCUCUCAUCUAUGUAAUGACUAAUGACCUCCCAGACAGCCCAGCUGCUCCUCUGGACGAGGUAUGGACACCAGGGUUACCUGAGGGAGAACAACAGAGAGAUGUUUACUUCACCUUCCCUAGUCUACCUCAGCUCUUCUUUCCAUGCUUCCAAAGAAGGUUACAGGAGACGUCUCAGCUUAUGUUGUUAUGGAAAUCGGGCCUCGUCCUUUAUCAGGGUCCUGUCAUGGUCCUGGUCGAACUCCUCACUAACGAGAUCAAUAAAGAUUUGCCCACCAUUUCAAUCAGUGCUCGUGUUGUGAACAGCUCCAUGAUCGACUCUCUAACUGUCACCUUCAACAACAUCACAACGAUUUUGACAGGGAUGUUGAUUUCCAAGAAAAUUUAUGCAUCAAAAACCGUGUGCUGUCAGGUAUGUAAUCCUACCAGAGACCGAAGGCUGGCCGUCAGUGCCUCCAAAAACUGCUGCCACAUGUCGGAGUUCCAGUUCAACCAUUUAUCGGAAAAAGACAGCCAAAUUGUCUGCAAGAAGUCAAAGAAAGGCUUCAUAAUUACAAAGGAAGAAUUUGCCACUAUAAACUCAGUGACUCUAAAUCGUCAAUCUCUGGUACCAAAUCACAUGGAUAUGACCAAUCUGGUCCAGAGUGACUACCGAAUGGACGGAGCUGCCCCGCUGACGGUACAACGAAACACACAACUAACGACUUCACUACGCUGCCACCUCUGUAACAACUGUGCCGCGGGUGGCAUUAACUGUGGCACAAACAGGGACCCUGGUAUCACCCACAGACAUUGUAUGUGCCAACAUAAACUCAGCCUGUGUUCCUACUGUGGAGUGUGUCCUCACUGUAUAAAGGUCCUAACAGAUGCUCAUUCUCUGGUACAACCGUGCUUCAAGUCCAAGCAGUCGGGUGGCUCGCCAGAAAUUCAGAAAUCAACAUGUAUCUUGGAAUUCACCAAUGACAAGAAGUACACCUACGAGUUUCCAUUCAUUCUCUCCAUGUGCUACUGUCGAGUGGUCAGCAUGGUGAUAUUGUCUGACACUGCCAACUUGUCCGUGUUGUUGACAAAAACCCACAAAAAGAUAAAAUACACAUCUACAUUGCCAAAGUGUAAAAUCGGCGACCAGUUGGAAUUCACCCUAGUGGGAAAGAAGAUCGGUGUUUCGUUCACCUCAAAUAUUUAUGUAAAAAAGAAUGAUCGCCAGGUCUACAGUCUCUCUACUGAUCAACAUCCAUUGACACUCACCCUCACGGCCGACACCAAAGAUGGCGACAUCAAGUUCCUGGUCUCGGCACCUCAUUGGAUGCCUAUGGGAAAAGUAGAUGAUGCUGAGAAGAGCCUCGGUAUAGUUCACUGCUGUCCGGCCUUUCCAACAAAGCCUGAGAGACAGAUGACAAUGAUGUAUGCCUCAAUGGAAGAACUCAUGAUGAAGAGAAUCAAACAAUUUUCAGGUUCAGCUGGAGUAUUACUACCAAAGAGUUUAAGUGUUAAUAACAUCCUCUACCCUACGAUGGCACUGGUAAAGGACCGAGAGAGUCAGCUGUACUAUCCAACUUGUUCCUUAAACUUGACAGAGAUUGAAGCAGACAGGUGGCCACCAGUCAACUAUAUACAUUUAGUUAAUGGUGAUGGCAUUCCAGCUUCAGAAUACGAAAAAACAAAACUACCUGACUACCUCAUCUGGUGCACCCAUGUCAUCUUAUCCCACUACAAAAAGGUGGACUUGCCACCGUUUGAUCAGCUGUUUGCCGAGUUAGCUCCUGCUCAUGUCAAGGACCUACCAAAAAACUUUAUGUCAUAUGGAGUCCAAAGGAUCCUUAGAAUGGCAGCUAUCUACAUGGCUGUUUCUUUUGGAGAAGAACUUGGUGCAGAAUCCUGGAGUAAGAAAGCACCUUCUACAGGUUCGUUGAGCAGCCUGCUUAAGCGUAGUAACAAAUGUGGCCUAAAAGUCAAAGAUGGCGCCUUUCUGUGCCCUGGACAUGUGGCUUGCCUCGAGCCUGAAGUGAACUUGUCAGAAUUUCAGACAAAUGUUUUUCAAGGAUACAAACCCUUUAUCAGUCAGAUUGUGAAAUCCAACAACCAUCUGGAGACUAUCCAGAAAACAGCGUUUGAAGAUCUCCCAAAUUUAUGUAAAUUUUCCCUACCAGAGAACUUCCUUGAAGUUGUACCAGACACCAUAGUGAAAUGCAGGUUCCUGAAAGAGCUGUGUCUGGCAGACAAUGAUCUCUUAGAACUUCCGUCUGCCUUGUACUCCUGUACAGAACUAACCCACUUAGACAUCAGUAAUAACCGGAUGGUGAAACUGCCGUCUGCUCUAGCCCACAUGGGAAAUCUUCAGGUUCUACGAUUAAACAACUUGUUGUUAAAGAGUCUGCCAGAUACUAUUGGACACUUGCAAAGGCUGAAGGAACUCAGUCUGAAUGGAAAUUGUCUGACAGUUCUUCCUAAGACAAUGAAGAAUUUGAAAUCCCUGACCAAGCUCUCGCUGACCGGGAUCAAAUGGAUGGACAACAAGACCAACCUCCUGCUAUCAAAGGAGAACUUCGUGACUUUUCUCGAGAGCGAAGGCAUCAAGAGGUGGAUCAACGCCAACCCUGAGGUUAUGGGUGAGGAGGAUAUGUUCAAACUGUUUGACCUAGAUAAGAGUGGGACGCUGGACACACAUGAGAUAGCUAAGGUCAAUGCCAGUCUGUUCUCCAUCUUUCCAAGGCUGGGAUACAUUGGAACAGAUCCUCCAGAUGACCAAUCCUUACCAUUCGGCGGAGUCCCUGAGGAGAUAUUUGGAAUGCGAUCUCUGGUUGAGUUGGACCUCAGUUACCAAGGUAUCAUCUCGAUACCUGAUGAUAUCAAAAAGUUGAUCAAUUUACAGAAACUCCACCUGAACAGUAAUCCCAAUCUGUUGUCCAUAUCAGCUGAGAUAGGGCGUUGUCCCCUAACAGAAUUGGGCCUUGAUGACUGUCCUGUGCUGAAGACUCCUCCGAAGGAGAUCAGGGAUCGGGGGUUUAGGACAACGUAUGCCUACCUUAAACGUCUGCUGACAGGGUCGACGGACUGUAAACGUACCAAACUAAUGUUGGUGGGCUUGGGAGGAGCUGGUAAAACCAGUUUGGUGAAGUCUUUGAUGUCUAAGAACAAAAAGUCUACCCUUACUGGUGCAGAUUCAAUAACUGAUGGCAUUGAUAUCUGUACCUGGGAUGUUAAACACAAUAAUGACACCAUAUCCUACAGUGUGUGGGACUUUGCUGGCCAGACAAUCUACUACAACACCCACCAGUUUUUCCUGUCAGAUCGAGCUGUGUACCUGUUGUUGUGGAAUAUAAGACUUGGACAUGAACACGCUGGUCUGAAUUUCUGGCUCAACUCCAUCACAGUUCACGCUCCUAAAGCUCCCAUCUUUGUGGUCGGAACCCACACUGACCAGAUGACGAAGGUGGAACUUCCCAUGGAUGAGAUGAAGUUGAAGUACCACCAGAUAGAGGGAUUUCACUUUGUCAGCUCAAAGGAUGGAAAGGGUAUCCCCGAACUGAAGGAGGCUUUGUUUAAAGUCACUCUACAACAGGAAUACAUGGGAGAAAAGAUUCCUCAGGCUUGGCUUCAACUGGAAAAAGUUAUCACAGAACAGAGAAACAAAAGUAAAGUGUUGGACUUCAAGACCGUGGAGACCAAAGCUGUAGAUCUUGGAAUUGUUGACUCGUCUGAGAUUUCACAAGCCGUCCAGUUCUUACACGACCUUGGGAUGAUACAACAUUUCUCAAAUGAAUAUCUGAGGGAUCAUGUGAUUAUCGAACCCCAGUGGAUUGUAGACGUCAUGGCGUGUGUGGUUUGUGUGGAUCAAGCUGUCAUCAAGGAUGGAAGACUACAACAUGCAGACAUUAAGAAAAUAUGGAAGGACUACACGGCCAUGGCAGAUUGGUUGCUGAGACUGACCGAGGAGUUUGACUUGACAUUUCAGUUGGAAGGGGCCAAAUGUAACAUUGUACCGUGUCUACUUCCAGAGAAGUGCCCUGAUUUUACUUGGCCCGAGGUGAAACAGGAUGAAGGAGUGUUUGAGACAAAGAUGAUCUACAAGUUUGAUUACUUACCUGGAGGUCUCUUCAACAGGGGACAGGUCAGACUUCAUGGCAUCUCUGAGGAGUCGGUGAUCUGGAAAAGAGGCUCGUUCAUCAAGAAGAACGGCCAGCUGGCUCUGGUACAACAGAUCGGGGAAUCCCUACUUCAUGUCAAAGUCCAAGGUCCGAGGCCAGACAACCUCCUGUUCUUUAUACACGAGGUGUUCGAAAGUCUGAUAAAGGAAUCCUUCUCUGGUGUUGCCUACGACUGUAAGAUUCCCUGUCCUGACUGUGUUAAUCAGUAUGUGAAAGAUCCUCACAUGUUCAAGGAGUCUGGGGUCCGCCGAGCCAUGGAACUAAAGGCACCGUUCUUACAGUGUCACAAAUACUUCCACACCUCUCCAGUCCUCAGUCUUCAAGGUAUCCUGGCUCCAGACAACAGUAAAGACUACGAAGUUCACCUGAACAACGAUGUAACUGCUCUCAAACAGAUGCAAAACGAGAUGGCCGUUGAUAUAUUUAUUUCCUAUUGUGCCAAAGAUGCACCCAAGGACAGGUCAAAGGUCAUUCACCCCGCUGAUGUUUACGCUGACCUUGAAAACGAAGGCUACACUUGCUACUUUCCUCAGGGCAAAGACUUGUCGUCCCGUGAGGAAAUGGCCCAGAGGUUGGUACAUGCUUCUGUCUUCCUCGUGUUCAUCUCCAAUAACUACGCUGCAGACACUGUCUGUUGUGAUAUGUACAAGUACGCCGUCAACACCAUGAAGAAGAUGACAAUCUGUGUGACUGUUGGAGAGAAUUUUAACUGGCAAGGAAGUACGACCCUCGGGGUCUUCAUCAGUGAUGUGAUUUUUGUAAACAUGACAAAUUCGAAGAAGUCUGUGUACAAAAGUAAGUUUGAUGAGUUAUUGACUGCCCUUCAGAAGAAUGAACAGCUGAUUGUAGGGAAGCAGGACACUCGCUCAAAUGCUUGCUUCAUCAGCUAUGCGUGGGUGAACUCUCACCAAGCUGUCGAACUUGGUUCAAAGAAAAAAGAAGGAGCCCUGGGAUCUGGUGAUCCUCGAGAAAUCAAGACCUUCCUGGAGAAAAACAACAUACCAUGUUGGAUUGAUAUUGAACAGAUCAAUGUGAAUGACCAGCUUUUCUACAGAUUAUUCAAAGGUCUGUCAGAAUCACGCAUCAUGGUGGCGUGUGUUUCUGACGAGUACGCUGCCUCAGAGAAUUGUUGUAAGGAGAUCAGGUUCGCAGUUCAACUCAAAGUACCAAUUGUUGUCGCUGUAGUUGGGACAGGAAACACCUGGAAAUGUUCAGAGGUUGGUUUCCAUGCCAACGCCUUCCCUACUGUUGACUUCCAGGAGCCGUCUGAUAUUGCCCAUAGCCGUCUGCUGUCUCUGAUAAAGGAACACAUGUUGCCAGAAAGUCAGAAGGAUGCAGAGGAGAAAAAGAGAAAAAUUGAACUAGCAAAUGCUGCAAAAGCUCAGAUCUCAUUUCAGGAAAUGUUUGAGUUAGCCCAGAGAAAGUUCCUUCGAGAGAUCUCCAGAUACGCCAGUGAACAAGACAUUGACAUUUAUCCACGAUUGUUUGCAAUUGACAUCAUGGCUAGGCCAAGUAAAGAAGCCUCUGAGGUGUCAAAGGAUGAUGCUGACACUCCACGGUCCUACAGCAUCUAUACACUUUGUGAAUGUGAACAGGGAUGGCAUAGUGUAGCAGAUCCAGUUCUGCUGACACCUUCACAAGAAUCAGGGGUGUGGCAGGCAGAUCCUACAAAGUACCAAGAUGAGACGAUGGAUAUUAAUGACUUUGCAUCCUACCUGGCUCGUAUCACCCUGGUGAUGGAACACAACCCUGAGUUCGUUCUCAGACUCCACAACGAUACAGAAGGUCAGGAGUUCAUCACACAAAUAGAGGAGUUGGCUUUGAACAACAACACGGAUUUCCAGACAUCUUAUCACAAACUACGGAAAAGGGUGUUUGAGCUGGAUACGGAGAAAGAGAGAGGGAAGUUAAAGAGAUGUCGUCUGCCCAGCGGUAAAAUUGUCUGGUUAUGUGAGGAACAUUCCACCAAACUGAAAGUCCUGGUUUUGAGUGAAGAGUCGGGAGAAGUCAAGCUCAAGGCUGCCAACCAGCCCUGGCUAGAUGCCAUGUUGGAUUGUUUAAGAGUGGAACAAAAACCACCAUUUGAAUUUAAAGAAAACAAAAAAAGUAAAAGACGUGCACAAGCUAAACCAGAGAAAGUACAGGACAUUGAGAGGGAGCUAAGACGUUCUAUGUCUCGUAGUGCCAGCACUUUGGGAGGAGAAAAGCUGGCCCUGGCUGUGGCUUCUGUGAAGUUUGAAAAUCAUCCAACUCCAAAAAAGCAUGGAGACACCAACACCACUCAAGUAGCAUUAUCCUUGGAAAAAGAAGGACCCUCUCAGACAAAAGAAAUUCAGAAAUCUGUAAAACAACAGGUAACGAAAGAACCCAAAAAUAUAUCACUGGAGGCCAAGAAAAGUAAUGAUAUCAAGAUAGAACCUGAUCAGCCAACCUCAGAUGUCCAGGGCAGUGGACAGAAAAGUGUCCAAUAUGUAGAACCAAAACCUAGUGUUGAUCAGCCAACCUCAGAUGUCCAGGGCAGUGGACAGAAAAGUGUCCAAUAUGUAGAACCAAAACCUAGUGUUGAUCAGCCAACCUCAAAUGUCCAGGUCAAUGGACAGAAUAGUGUCCAAGUGCAGACAAAGAGAAAUAAUGAUGCUCCAACACAAAAACCCAAGAGAGCCCAAGUUCCUCCUAAAUCAAAGGCAGAAACACCACCUCAGAGCAAGACUUGUGUGCUGUCCUAGUCACGGAUAGAUAUUAGGACAGGUGUGCUGUCCUAGAUAGAUGUUAGGGAUAGGUGUACUGUCCUAGAUAGAUAUUAGGACAGGUGUACUGUCCUAGAUAGAUAUUAGGACAGGUGUACUGUCCUAGAUAGAUAUUAAGACAGGUGUGCUGUCCUAGAUAGAUAUUAGGGACAGGUGUACUGUCCUAGAUAGAUAUUAGGACAGGUGUACUGUCCUAGAUAGAUAUUAGGACAGGUGUACUGUCCUAGAUAGAUAUUAGGACAGGUGUGCUGUCCUAGAUAGAUAUUAGGACAGGUGUGCUGUCCUAGAUAGAUAUUAGGACAGGUGUACUGUCCUAGAUAGAUAUUAAGACAGGUGUACUGUCCUAGUCAUGGAUAGAUAUUAGGGAUAGGUGUGCUGUCCUAGAUAGAUAUUGGGGACAGGUGUACUGUCCUAGAUAGAGAUUAGGGACAGGUGUACUGUCCUAGAUAGAUAUUAGGGAAGGUGUGCUGUCCUAGAUAGAUAUUAGGACAGGUGUACUGUCCUAGAUAGAUAUUAGGACAGGUGUGCUGUCCUAGAUAGAUAUUAGGACAGGUGUACUGUCCUAGAUAGAUAUUGGGGACAGGUGUGCUGUCCUAGUCACGGAUAGACAUUAGGGACGGAUGACAUGCAUAUUUAUUUUGAAAAUAUCAGAUUACAGUUUUCCUCUCAAUCCGUCCUGUACGUACGUAUGCAACACCAAAGUUUGUCAGCACUCUAACAGCUUCAUUCUCUGAGGGAUCUUGAUCAAACUUCACACAUUCAUAAAGAAGCAUGCUAUACAUUGACAGUUUUGAGUUUCAUUGUUUGUUGGGCCAAUGUGACCCUUUAAUAGUGCUCAUGGAUCAAACUUUAGACACUUGUAAAAAGCAAGUGGAGAAGCAAUACUCAGUAACGCAUGUUUGGACAUAUUCUCGUAUUUUGUUAAUAUGGCUGUUAAUAGUGGGAGAACUGCUAUCAACUAUUUUCAUUCGAAGAAGUGAAUGAAUUCCUAACGCUCAGGAUACAAUUAAGAUCUCAAAGUUUAACAUUCAACACAGAAUCAUUUAUGCUGUACUGGAGUAUUGAUUUACCUGUCUAUACCACACAGUUUAUAUAAGAUACCUGUAGAAACAGACUGAUAUAAUCCUACCUUAUAUAUAUAAGUAGUAUGUAUUUUCCGUACUAUGUAAUUUAUCUGUGCUAUUUUACCUGGGUUGUCAUUACUUACAUGUGAUUGACCUUUUGUAUAUUUUUACUUGUUAUAUUACAUAAUUACUAAUAUACAGUAUGAACUUUACCUGUGAUGGCAGACUUUUGUCUUUUAUUUGUUACAUACAUUUUGUGUGUGUAAUUUCCGAUGUGAUAUACCUAUUAUACUUACCUGUUUGUGAUAUCCAUCAUGUAUGUAUUUUUCUCGUUACCAGGUAUGUAAGUUCCUGGUGUGAUAUACCUAUAUACUUACCUGUUCGUGAUAUCCAUCAUGUAUGUAAUUUUCUUGUUACCAGGUAUGUAAGUUCCGAUGUGAUAUACCUAUUAUACUUACCUGUUUGUGAUAUCCAUCAUGUAUGUAAUUUUCUUGUUACCAGGUAUGUAAGUUCUGGUGUGAUAUACCUAUAUACUUACCUGUUCGUGGUAUCGAUCAUGUAUGUAAUUUUCUUGUUACCAGGUAUGUAAGUUCCUGGUGUGAUAUACCUAUAUACUUACCUGUUUGUGAUAUCCAUCAUGUAUGUAUUUCUCGUUACCAGGUAUGUAAGUUCCCUGUGUGAUAUACCUAUAUACUUACCUGUUCGUGGUAUCGAUCAUGUAUGUAAUUUUCUUGUUACCAGGUAUGUAAGUUCCCUGUGUGAUAUACCUAUAUACUUACCUGUUUGUGAUAUCCAUCAUGUAUGUAAUUUUCUUGUUACCAGGUAUGUAAGUUCCCUGUGUGAUAUACCUAUAUACUUACCUGUUUGUGAUAUCCAUCAUGUAUGUAAUUUUCUUGUUACCAGGUAUGUAAGUUCCCUGUGUGAUAUACCUAUUAUACUUACCUGUUCGUGAUAUCAAUCAUGUAUGUAAUUUUCUUGUUACCAGGUAGUGUAUGUAAGUUCCCUGUGUGAUAUACCUAUAUACUUACCUGUUUGUGAUAUCCAUCAUGUAUGUAAUUUUCUUGUUACCAGGUAUGUAAGUUCCCUGUGUGAUAUACCUAUAUACUUACCUGUUUGUGAUAUCCAUCAUGUAUGUAAUUUUCUUGUUACCAGGUAUGUAAGUUCCCUGUGUGAUAUACCUAUAUACUUACCUGUUUGUGAUAUCCAUCAUGUAUGUAAUUUUCUUGUUACCAGGUAUGGCCUUUUUGUAAUUUUACACUGAGGUUCUCCCUAAUAGCUCAAGGGCUAAGUUCAACAUUUGCAAGAUUUUUUAUUAAGUACACAUGUACAAAUGUUAUUUGCUGUGUGUUUGACUUAAAUUACAUGUUAAGAUACCAUGUAUCUUGUUUAAUAAGCCAUUUCAUCAAAAGGUAGAGUAUUUCGUGUUUAAAUAUAUCGAUCUGAUUAUAGUCUCCCAUCGGGAACCAUUUGGGGCUGCUGUGGCUAUCACAAGCCCUCCACCUCUUGGUUGCGAGUUUGAAACCUAUGUGGGGCAGUUUGCCCGGACUUUAUCUCCUACACUACUUAUCACUGGAACUUCAUACCUGUGCCAUAGUUUCACCUAAGUAAGGCAGUAUGUCAAAUACUAGAACUAGGUCACUUUGACCUACAUCUUGACUUUUGACCUAGAUCAAAGGACAAAACUUUUGGGUUUGACUUUCUGCACUGCUUGUCACUAGAACUUCUUACAUGGGACAUGGGUUCAUUUGCAUUGAAAUUCUGAUAUCUUCUACUGAAGUUAGUGAUAUUUCUGAAUUCAUUCACUUCUAUACCACCAAAUGCAUUUUGUAUGUGGUGGUUUUGUGGUGGUUCUGUGGCAGAUCUUUUCACAUCCGAUGGGGACUGUAUUUUAAGAAUUAUCGUGUUUAUACAAUUGUAUGUUUUAAACGUUGACAAAACUUUGAAAUUUGAAUAAUCACCUGUGAUAUAUUUAUGGUGAUAAUUAAACCUUGUUAACUGAUCCACUCGUUACCUGAUGAUAAUUUAUACUCUUAAGUUAUUAAAUUCUGCUAUUUAUAUAUUAAAUGUACUAAAAUAUGUUUUUAAACAUGUAUGUGAGGAUAUUUGAUGUUUUAAAUUGAAAUACAAUUGUUUAUUUUAUUUUUACUUUUUUUAUGAUACUAUUUUUAGACUACUAAUAUUAAGGGGUCAUGGUCACCAUUACUAUUUUGUGGUCCAACCUUUUUAUCAGGGAUGUUAUUGUAUACUAAGAGUUUAUUUCACAAACAACUGUUUACUUUUGCUGAUUUUAUUUACUUUGAUGUAAACUGUUUUAUCUGUAUACACUAUGGAAAUAUGAUUAUGUUCUGAGGAAGUUUUUAUGAAUUAUGAUGAUAAUUGUUUUAUAAUAGUUAGGGGUGUCAUGCGAUAUCGUACAGUGAAAUGUCUGUAAUUCUAUAUCAUCCAUCCUCCGUCCAGUUCGCUUGUCUUGCAGGCUCCUGACAAAUCUAUCUGGUAAAAUUUCAAGACGCUUCAACAGGUAUUCCUGACCUCAAUCCAUUAAUCAGACCGAGGUGCUCAAAAUUAAAUAGAGGUAUGGUUCAAGGUCAAGGUCACAGUAGCAGAAUCUUCAACAUAUCUAUGACGAUUAGAAAAUUGAAUUUUCUAUGUUAUUCCAACCCAAACUUUUCAACCAAAUGUCAUGAAUCUUCACAGAAUCAUACCAUAACCAAUCUGUCAAGGUCAUACAAUUUACAUAUGUAAUGAUGGGAAACUAAUUUCUGAAUAGUCAGGCCAUCUGUUCUAGAUCUUGACUACAGAAUAUGUACACGUCAUGGCAGAUGUUUUAAGUGAAAUACUUGGAUACACAGGCACGUUACAAGUUCUUACUUAAAGACCACAACUCUGUAGACAGCAUGGCAACCACCCUACUUAAACUACGAUAAUAAUGGAUGUAUAUUGAGAUGUAUACUAUGUAUGUAGUGAAGAUGUUGAUUUUUUUUUAUUUAUAAAAUCCACUUGCCAUGUUAAGUACUAAAUUGUCUCAUUGUUUAUACAACUGUAUGCUGAUAUGUCAACAUAAUAUGACCUCACUGUGAUAAUAUUUUAUUUAUAAUAAAUUAUAUGAAUUUUGUUUA